AUGCGUCCUCCCACCGGGGUGCGGGGGCCGUGCGUGCGCUCGCCUCGCACAGGACGCCCUCGGAAGGCACCGCCGGCCCCCCGAGCAGAGGCCCCCGCCCGGGGCCCAGCCCACCGCCGUCAGAAACGCCCCGCAGGCGAGCCCUCCUCCACCACGCCCCCAACAAUACGGGGCGGCCACGGCCACGGCCACUACCCGGCGGCGGCACGCGUGCGGGAGUCGCUCCGGCCCCGCGUCCGUGUGCCCGGGGGCCACGGGGCCCAGUGCCGCCCGCCCUCUGCCCAAGCCACGUCUGGGGCGGAGGUGCGCGGCGACCAGGCGUGCGAGGUGUGUGUGAGGGGCGUCGGGGCCCGCCUGCACCCUGCGGGCGACUCUGAGGACGCGCGCUCGGCCCUCACGUGGGAGGCGCAGACGCUCCGCCGCGGGAGGGGCCCGGGGCCUCGACACGCGCAGCGGGGAGGCCCAGAGAAUCCCGCCUUUCCUCCCAAGAGAGGCGCGAAGCGGACGGAAAACCCGGAGCUCGGGGGGCGAGGGCCGCGGCCGCGGGAGGCGCGGAGGGGGCGGACGGCAGCGCGCGACACUCCUCGUCCCCAGGCUCCGGGGACAGCGGCGUCGGUGAGCGCGGGGAACACACGCAGGCGCGGGAAGGAGAACGCGGCUCCGCCGCUCCGGCGCGCGCUAACCGGCGAAUGA